GAUUUCAUAUCAAUAAAUUUGGUUGAAUUUUUAUGGAAAGGAAGAGCAUUUGGUCUCACUUACAUGACACAGUUGUUUAUUGAUUGCUGCACAGAAUAUGAACUCAAAGGAGGUCAAAAUAGGCUGUGAAUAAACUUUUACAAACAUUCAAGUUGGAGAGGAUACCAAAGUCCAGAUGAAACAAAGCUGAGCCAUCUACUGGUUGGAGCCCUGCCCCACCCAUCUUCCCAUUAUAUAACAUUGAAGGCUGUGCUCACUACAGCACAGUUGGGCAGAAAGGAAGCCCUGCAAAAGGUAGCAUGCAAAGCAGGAGGGAGAGCACAUAGGAGUAAUUUGCUGACAGACAAGCAAAGAUGGAUCUGAUUUCAGCUUUCUCCCUGGAAACCUGGGUCCUCCUGGCAAUCAGUCUCAUGCUCCUCUACUGGUUUGGGACUCGUACACAUGGAGUUUUUAAGAAACAGGGAAUUCCUGGGCCCACACCUCUGGCCUUUUUAGGAACUGUACUGAAUUACUACAAGAAUUCAGUGACCUUCAAUGAUGUGCAUGUGAAAUUCAGCCAAGAAGAGUGGGCUUUGCUGGAACCCUCACAGAAACAACUCUACAAAGAUGUUAUGCUAGAGACCUGUAAAAACCUCACUGCAAUAGGCUACAAUUGGGAAGACCAUGCCCUUGAAGAACAUUUUCAAAGUUCUACAAGUAAUAAAAGGCAUGAAUACAGUCAUACUGGAGAGAAACCCUUUAAAUGCACUCUAUGUGGUAAAGCCUUCCCCUAUAUCACUGUUCUCAUACGGCAUAAAAGAACACACACAGGAGAGAAGUCUUACAAAUGUAAUCAAUGUGAUAAAGCCUUUGCAAAAAAAAGUCAUCUCAUGUGGCAUAAAAUAACACACACUGGAGAGAAACCUUAUGAAUGUAACCAGUGUGGUAAAGCCUUUGCAGAAAACAGUAAUCUCUUAAACCAUAAAAGAACACAUAUUGGAGAGAAACCUUAUGAAUGCAACCAGUGUGGUAAAGCCUUUGCAAAAAACAAUACUCUCAUAUGGCAUAAAAGAACACACACUGGAGAGAAACCUCAUGAAUGUAACCAGUGCGGUAAAGCCUUUGCACAAAACACUCUUGUCAUAAGACAUAAAAGAACACACCCUGGAGAGAAACCUUAUGAAUGUAACCAGUGCAGUAAAGCCUUUGCAAAAAAAAAAAAAAAAAAGUCAUCUCAUAAGCUAUAAAAGAACACAUACUAGACAGAAACCUUAUGAAUAUACUCAAUAUGAUAAAGCCUUUGCACAGCAGAGUAGUCUCUAAAAACAUGAAAAAACACACCGUGAAGAGAAGCCUGGUGAGGGUAAUUAGUGUGAUGAAGUUUUUGCAUGUAACAGUCAUCGGAAACCACACGAAUAUACCUAUGUGGCAAAGCCUUUGCACAUAACAUCUCCUAAUACAUAAAAGAACACAUACUGGAAAGAAGCUGUCUGACUGUAACCAAUAUAAAAAAUCUUUUGGACUUCAGAAUCAUCUUCACAUUCAUGAAAGAAAUCCUAAUGGACAGAAAGCCUGUGAGUGCUUUUAACAAGGUGAAACCAUUCCACAUUUGUAUAAUCUUCAUCAUCAUGAAAGGAUUCAUACUGGAGAAAAAACUUAUAAAUAUGUUCAAAUUGUGAGGCCUUGCACAAAUCUAGAGUCAUCAUCAUCAUAAAAGUAUCCUUACUGGAGAGGGAUUCUGUGACUAUGAGAAAUAUGGAAAGACCUUUGUGAUCUUUGGUCUACUGAGAUCCAACAGAACUGAAAAACUAGCUCAAUGGAAAUUACUUCCCUUUUCUGAAGGGGAAGGGGAAAGGGAAUAGGGGCAAUAGGAAUGGAGGGUAGUACUCGGGGAGAGGAGGGAGGGGAGAUUAUGAUUGGAAAGUAAAUUAAAUAAACUUAUUUUUAAAAAGAAUACAAUGAAUGGUAAAAUCAAUUACAUGCAAAAGUAUUAUAUAAUGUGUUUAGGGAAGACUUAUUGAUAAACCUGAUUCUCAACAUUUACUGUUUUCAAUUGCCUCACUUUAUACAAGAAACUUUUAGUCCAGUGGAUGAAUAUGUAGGGUAUGGUGAACUAACACCAGCCAGGAAGUUCUCUGAGAGUAUCACAACAGUGGUAACCUGUAGAAGUUUCUUUGUGUACAUAUACCUAUUGUUCCAGGGGUACUGAUAAACAUCACAACCCACACUAAAUUUUGAUAUAUGAGGGAGGAGGCUUUCUUUUCCAUGUAUGACAGUGCUUCUGGCCUAGAUGUGUAAUCAUGUCAAGGGUGAGUUUUCUCUGCCUGACUUCAUCUGGAGAGUGUCUUUAGACAUCAACACCACUCAUCAAAUUUGAUAGACGUCCUUUGACACAGAUCCCUGAUAACUCUCCCCUCCCUUCAAAUAUAGGAUAAUUUGGUUCUGUGUUCUUAUUAUUAUUCAUAUACUAGGAAUGUGCUGUUUAAUGCAAAUUGAGCAUCCUUGAAUUGCCUAGUAUUAAACAAUUAUCUACACCUAUA